AUGGAAGUUGGAUUUAUGAUUUUGUCGUAUAACAAUCUCAUAGGUUCUCUCCCUCCUCCUCCUUUCAACUCUAUAUAUUUACAUAUUCUUUCCCUGUCUAGGAACAACUUUUAUGGACAACUACCAAGCAAUAUUGGUAGUGCCACCAAUCUUCUGUUUCUUAUGCUGAAUGACAACAAUUUUUCAGGGAAGAUUACUGAAUCCAUUUCCAAUCUUCUCACCCUCACGAUAUUGGACUUGUCCAAAAAGAAAUUUUUUGGCAAUAGUUUACCAGAUUUUAGCUCUAAUAUACUUCUCCAAUUCAUUGAUUUAUCUUCAAAUGAAUUCUCAGGUGAAAUUUCAACAAACCUUUCCAUACAGACUACAAUUCUCUCAUUAGGAAAAAAUAAGUUUUCUGGCAUCAUGUCUACCAACCUAAAUAAUAUGAGCAACCUUAUAUGUCUAGACAUUAUUGGCAAUAAAAUCACAGGUGAAUUACCAUAUUUUAUCUGCCAAAUCUCCAACCUUCGAAUACUAAAUUUACGAAACAACUCUUUUCAAGGUUCAAUCCAUGAUUGUAUUUCCAAUCUUCCUAGACUCCAAAUUCUUGAUCUUUCAAGCAAUCAUCUUGUUGGAAAAAUCCCUGCUAAGUUUGGAAAUCUUGCUGGUAUGACUAAAACAUCUCACGAAUCAAUAGACGUUCUUCCUGAUGCUACAACUACUACUUCAAGCUUCAAAGCCAAGAACAAGAUUAAUGAUCUGAUCCUUAAUUGGAAGAAGUCAACACAAGGUCUAUCUUGGAAAUAUUUCAUGAUCUACUAUUUCUUAGACUUGUCAAUGAACCAACUUUCAGGUGAAAUCCCAACCACAUUAGGUAGUUUGAAGGCUCUAAAGGUUCUCAAAGUCUCACAUAACAAUCUUUAUGGAAGGAUACUAGAAAGUCUUGGUGAUUUGUCGAAUCUAGAGAGUUUGGACUUAUCAACAAUUUAUCAAACUCAAUUCCACAAUCACUAG